AUGGUUGCUUUUAGGAGAGCAGUUGCUCUCAAUGCCGUUGCGGUCGCGCGGCUUCAAUCUCGAACCUUGUUAUCCCGCUCUCGAUCCCUCGCCAUCGCCACACAACACCGCGCCUACACGUCGCCGAGUGCCCGACGCCAAUAUGCUUUCCAUACUCAACUCGAGAACUCGUCUACUCCUAACCCUUCGGCCUUCCAGUACCAGAAGGCGCCCGUGGUAGAGAAUCCUCAGACUCUCGUAGAGAAAAUCGCCCAAAAACACGCCGUCGGGCUCCCUCAAGGCAAGAAGAUCAAGGCCGGCGACUACAUCACACUAAAUCCGGCAAAAAUUAUGAGUCACGACAACACAGCCGCCAUCCAUAAGAAGUUCGCGGGCCUAGGAGCCUCAAAGAUCCAUGAUAGACAUCAACUUGUGCUAACAAUCGAUCAUGACGUGGGUAAUCGCACAGAGGCCAAUCUUCGAAAGUACGCCUCGAUUCGUGAAUUCGGCGAGAAGCAUGGGAUUGUAAACUUUCCUGCCGGAAGGGGAAUUGGACACCAGAUUAUGAUCGAAGAGGGAUUUGCUUGGCCAGAGACAGUUUCCGUGGCCUCAGAUUCUCAUUCCAAUAUGUACGGAGGUGUGGGAUGUCUGGGCACUGCUGUUGUUCGAACAGACGCAGCCGCAAUCUGGGCUACCGGAAAGACCUGGUGGCAGGUUCCCCCCGUUGCAAAGGUCACUUUCACUGGCAUCCUCCCCCCUGGUGUCACCGGAAAGGAUGUCAUUAUUGCUCUCUGCGGCCUCUUCCGCGACGAUCAAGUGUUGAACCACGCAAUCGAGUUUGCUGGAGGUGAGAGUCUUACUGUCGAUGAGCGCUUGACCAUCAGCAAUAUGACAACAGAGUGGGGUGCUCUCGCUGGUGUCUUCCCUGUUGACGAUGUGCUCAUCUCAUGGUACCGUGCCAAGGCCACCACAAACGCCAUGUUCAACGGCUCCUCAAAGGACCGCAUCAACCACAAGAGAAUCGACGAGCUCGAGCAGAACAGAAUGUCUGCUGACCCUGGUGCUAAAUAUGCUAAGGAGCUGUACCUCAACCUCUCAACUCUGUCACCGAUUGUCUCAGGACCCAACUCCGUCAAGGUCGCCACCCCCCUGAACAAGCUCGAGGCUGAGAACAUUCCCGUGAACAAGGCUUACCUUGUAUCUUGCACAAACUCUCGAGCUUCUGAUAUCGCCGCUGCUGCUCGUGUUUUCCGUGAGGCUGCUAAGGAGGGUAAGCCUGCCAAGGUUGCCCCCGGUGUCGAGUUCUACAUCUCUGCGGCAUCCGUCCCUGAGCAGAAGAUUGCUGAGGAGGCUGGCGACUGGCAGGUGUUGGUUGAAGCUGGCGCCAUUCCCAUGAUUUCAGGCUGCGCACAAUGUAUCGGACUGGGCAAGGGUCUUCUUGAGCCUGGUGAGGUCGGUAUCAGUGCCAGUAACCGUAACUUCAAGGGCCGCAUGGGCUCUACAUCGGCCAAGGCAUACCUCUCCAGCCCCGAGAUUGUGGCUGCAAGCGCUCUCCAAGGCAAGAUCGCUGGCCCUGGCUGGUACCAGAAGCCUGAGGGUGUUGAGAAGGUCAUCAUUGGCGAAGGAAGCGGUAACUUUGUUGCUGAUAAGGCUUUGUCCAUUGAGGAUGCUCUCGACAAGAUCAUCAACGAGGCCGAUGCUUUGAUUGCUGCUGCUGAGAAGUCAGAGGGUACAGCUGAGGAAGCAAGCCCUGCUGCUUCUGAAGAGGAGUCGCUGACUGAGAUUCUCCCUGGCUUCCCUGAGAAGGUCGAGGGUGAGAUUGUCUUCUGUGACAGCGACAACAUCAACACUGAUGGCAUCUACCCCGGCAAGUACACAUACGAAGAUAACAUCUCAACAGAGAAAAUGGCCGAAGUCUGCAUGGAGAACUACGACACCGAGUUCGGCAAGAUCGCCCAGCCCGGCGACAUCCUCGUCACAGGCUUCAACUUUGGCUGCGGCUCAUCCCGCGAGCAAGCCGCGACCGCCAUCCUCGCCAAGAAGAUCCCGCUUGUGGUCUCGGGCAGCUUCGGCAACAUCUUCAGCCGCAACAGCAUCAACAACGCGCUCAUGGGCGUCGAGGUGCCGCGCCUCGUGGAGCGUCUGCGCGAGACGUACAAGAACGACACCGAGAAGCCGCUGACUCGACGAACGGGGUGGAAGUUUGUCUGGGAUGUGAGGAGGUCAAAGGUCGUUGUCACGGAAAAGGAUGGCAAGCAGUGGGAGCAGAAGGUUGGGGAGUUGCCUGCUAAUGUGCAGGAGAUUAUCGCCAAGGGAGGCCUGGAGAAGUGGGUUAAGUCCAAGAUUGAGGCGUGA